AUGGCUACCUUGCUGGAUGUCCGAUUAAAGAAAGUAAAUAAAAUCUACAGGGAAGGGGAUGUGGUGGCUGGGUUAGUGGUCAUCCAGAGCAAGGACAGUGUCCAGCACCAGGGCAUCACACUGACCGUAGAGGGAAAUGUGGGACUGCAGCUAAGUGCUAAAAGUGUUGGACUCUUUGAAGCUUUCUAUAACUCACUGAAGCCAAUCCAACUCCUUCACUACAAUCUUGACAUAGCCAAGCCAGGCAAACUGCCGUCAGGGAAGACAGAGAUCCCGUUUGAAGUUCCACUCAAACCCAAAGGCAAUAAGACACUGUAUGAGACGUAUCAUGGAGUCUUUGUCAAUAUUCAGUAUACCAUUAAGGUAGACAUGAAGAGGUCGCUGUUAAAUAAAGACUUGCAAAAACAGUUAGAAUUUAUUGUAGAAUACAAGGAACAAGAAGAAAAAGCCAAAGCCAAAGUUGUGCAAUUUACGAUAUCACCAGAGACUUUACAGAAUGUGAAAGAGAAAGUAAAUGUGCCAAGAUUCAAGGUGAAGGGAAAGCUAGAUACAGCAGUUUGUCUGAUAACCAAGCCCUUCACUGGAGAGUUAACAGUAGAAAGCAGUGAAGCCCCACUCAAGUCUAUAGAGCUGCAGUUAGUCAGAGUGGAAACGUGCGGCUGUGCAGAGGGCUAUGCCAAAGACGCCACAGAGAUUCAGAACAUCCAGAUAGCAGAGGGGGAUGUAUGUCGUGGUAUUAGUAUUCCUAUUUAUAUGGUCUUCCCUCGCCUCUUUACCUGUCCAACACUGGCCACUAAUAACUUCAAAGUUGAAUUUGAAGUCAACAUUGUAAUAGUGUUCCAAGAUGACCGCCUUGUUACAGAGAACUUUCCCAUUCAGCUAACAAGGUUCUAGCCUAAAGGACAAAUUAUCAAGAACAAAAAAGCUGAAAAUGCAAUUUAAAAAGAUAAAUACAUUCUCAAAUUUAUGUACAAAAUUGACUGGAAAUUCUCUUGACCAUUUAACAAUAUGAGAGUUUGGAAUGUAGGACCCUAUGGAUGAUAGUUACUGUGUAUAUUAUGCUGUGAGCUUCGAUGUUAAUUGAAAGAAAUUGAAGUUUAAAUGGAACCAACAAGAAAAAACUUCACUGAAGC